CUUAGUGAUGACGUCACACAUAAACAAAUGACAAAAGUGUUUGGCCGCUUGUGCAGUUUCCCCAGAACAAAUUAUGUCUUUUCCGUCGAUAACCUCAGAAAACUACAGAGUGAAGAGAUGAACAAAGUGGCCCUCUUCAUCAUCUUCCUCUGUGGAGCGAUAUUUGCAAGUUUAGUUUCCGUUAUGCAUAGUUAUGUGUCGUUAUAUACGUCAGAGAGGAGACUGAGUUCUUCCCUGGGGGCCAUACCAGCUGGUGCUGACCUGGAGCUUAUGGACGAGGGUUAUGUCACUAUGGCCUUGUUAGGGGCACACCAUGACCAUAAGGCAACAGAUGCAGAAAUUGAAGCACUAAACACAUUAAAAGCUGCUAGAGAGCUGGUUCAUUCAGGUAAAUGUGCCAGAGCUGGUAGGCUACUGGAACAUGCAUUCUCACUGGCACCACGUCACCCAGAUGUUCUUAUACACUACGGAGAAUAUCUCGAGCAACAUCGUAAUGAUGUAGUUCAAGCUGACCGGAUGUACUUGCAAGCUUUGGCCAUAUCUCCAGCAAAUUCUCGUGCUCUGAGAAAUCGCAGACGAACUCAACCUCUUGUUGAUGAAAUGGACUCAGUGAUGUUGUACCGCAUUGACAGCAAAAGAGAUGAUCUUGCUCAAAUACCAAGUUCUUCUGCUGCCCUCCGCCGUAUAAAAAAGGAAGCAUAUUUCCAAUAUAUUUAUCACACUGCAGGUAUUGAAGGGAAUACCAUGACUCUUGCUCAAACACGCAUGAUCCUAGAGACAAGGCUAAGUGUUGGAGGAAAGAGUGUAAUGGAGCACAAUGAGAUCUUAGGCUUAGAUCUUGCUCUUAAGUUCAUCAACACUACCUUAGUCCAUAGAGUUGGUCGUAUAUCAUUACAUGAUAUCCUGGAGAUUCAUAGAAGAGUCUUGGGACAUGCUGAUCCACUUGAAGCAGGGCAGUUGCGCACUACACAGGUUUAUGUAAGUGACCAUGUACCUCCUCCACCAACACAUCUUCAAGUGCUCAUGGAGGGUUUUGUUGAUUGGCUUAACUCCCCAGAGGCUCAGACUCUUCACCCAAUUAAAUAUGCUGCUCUUGCACAUUAUAAAUUAGUCUUUAUACAUCCAUUUUCUGAUGGUAAUGGCAGAACAGCAAGACUACUCAUGAACUUCCUUCUAAUGCAGGCUGGUUAUCCUCCAGUGAUCAUUCGUAAACAAGAUCGUCUUCUGUACUAUGACUGCUUACAAGCUGCCAACGAUGGAGAUACUCGGCCUUUUAUGAGAUUUAUUGCUCAGUGCACGGAGAAGACACUGGAUGUAUAUUUGUGGGCCACGAAGGAGAUAUUACCAGAGAUAGAACAGGACACUGAUCCAGUAUUAAAGAAAGAGAAAAAAUACUCAGAUUCUGAUAAUGAAGAAGCUUAUUUAUCAAACAUAAAUCACAAGAGAAAACCAAUGAACUAUAAUGAUUUUAAAGAUGAAAAUAGACAAAAUUCAGGGAAUAAAUUUGUAUUUACUUCUGUAGAUGAUGUACCACCUUGGCAGUCGGAUGAUGGAAAAUCAGAGAAUAAUAUAGCAUCUCCCCAAAAUGGGAAUUAUAUACAUCAGAGUACUGAAGAUGAUAUUCUGAGUGAAGAUGAAGAUGUCAGCUCUGUGCGUGAUUAUGAAGCUGAAGACGGCAAUUAUAGAGACCAUCUUUGGUUUUCUAGUGAUGAAGAACGAAUUCCGGCUAGAGGAACCGGUAGAUUUAGUAGAAUAGUUGAUGAGCAAGGGAUAUUUGAUGAUGGUGAGAUAUUGGAACAGUUAAAAAGUAAAGAUAAAUUUAAAAUUGAGGAAGAUGAUAACACUUUAUUGCGGAAAGAUUAGAAACUUUAUUAUAUGUGAUUUAAGAAAGGUUAUAAUACUGGAUGUGAUUUUUAUGUUUAGCCUUAAUGAUAAUUUAUAUCUAUUUAUUUACUAGUGAAGAGAUUUAAAAUUAAAAUACUUAAGCUAGUUUUUAUUUUUAUUUAUUAUCUAUUUUUGUAAUUGAAAAUACACAAAAAUAUAAAUAUUUAAAAGUAAGUGGUACAUAAUUUAGUAAUGCUGAAAAUGUAGAUGUUUGUUUAUUUGUGAUAAAUGCACUGCACAAAGAAUAGGUUUUAUUAAAACAGGUUGCAACCAUUUUCUUGGAUAUUUAAGAAUUUCAUUGUUUUCUUGUGUUUAAUUGAGAUUUUCUUUUGGAAAAAAAAAUUAGGUUGGCUCUGAGUCAUUAGUAUGGUUAAAAAUGUGUUUUAUACACAUAUUAUUGAAAGCUGUCCAGUCAUACCAAACUGCACAAAAAAUAUUGGUUGUGGUUUGGACCCUUAUCCUUGUAAUUUAGAAUCUAAUCCAUUUAGAGUACUGCAAUGUGUGUUCUCUUCACAGGUUUGUAAGUAAAUCAGUUUUGUUUUACUUACUGGUAUGUACUGCAGCACAAUUCAUUAAAAUUGUGGCUGAUGGAUCCCAUAUGGACAGAAAGAUGAAAGGUUUAGUUCCUAUUUAAAUUGUUAUUGUGAAUAAAAUCUAAAAAUUGUGAUAAAUGAAACUGAUUUAAAAAGUUGCUAUUAUGUGCAGAUUACCCUAUAUUUUCUUCCUCAACUUCUGUACUAUUCCAAGAAAAGUUUUAAUUUUAUUUCUGGUGGCAUUCAUUGGUAAGUUUACCAUUCAAAAGACACAGUAUAGAGCAAACCUUUAUUGGCAGAUGAAACUUUGCUUCAAGCAGAACUACAUCAGGCCUACUCAGAGCAAAAUAUUGUUUAUAAAUGAAGGUUUGCUCUGCACAUGUCUUUUUUUUUUUUUUUCCAUAUUUAUGGGUAAGUCUUAGCAUCCAACACUAAAUUUACUGCACAAGUACAAGGUAUAUCAAUACUGACAUAUUGUGGGGCAAAGACAUGUGCAGCACUUAGAAUAUUCAUUUAGGAAGUGUUUUGCCCACUAGGGACUUUGUUAAUCCUAUACCAGAAAAAUAAGAAAAUUAGAGAGGAACUUUGAGAUGUUUUGACUGUGGAACACUUCUGUAAUUGACCAAGGAAUCCUGUUCUACAUGUGACGUAUCUCAAUGAGGUUCCUCUGCAUUUGUCUUUUUGACUUUGCAAAGUAAAAGGACACAAGUGCAACUAAUGUGAUAUUUUAUUGUGGCAACGUUUCGCUCUCCAGGAGCUUUAUCGAGCCAUUACAAACAAUACAUGGACACAGAGGGUAUAUAUAGGCUCAGAGUGAGGUGCAAUACUAGUGGUAGUAGUAGUAGUUGUAGUAGUAGUAGUAGUAGUAGUAGUAGUAGUAAUACAAUAUGGUAAAGCAAUUAAUUCGCACAUGAGUAAAAGGAUAUAAAAGCUAUUAUACUUGGGUAACAUAAAAAUAGGUUGGACAGAUAUAGACUGGAUAGAGGCAGCCUGUUUCAGUGUUCACUCUGUAAUGUGCUUUGUGUAGUAUAACAGGAGAGACUAUGUGAUAGCAGGGUUCACUGUUUUCAGGAGGACUCCCGCUAAGACCACAGAGAUGGUGAAGCUGCUGUUGUUUUGUUUAAUUGUAUUCGAAACAGCGAUCAGUGCUGAUUCGAGGCACUUGCGUCUGCGGAAAUUAGUUUCUUUGAUCACUAAUUGGGCGUCCCUGAAUUUCAUGAGAUGAUUGGUGGAAUUUCGGUGUUGUGCACAGGUGUUGUUCAGGUUAUCGUUCCUACAUGCGUAAAUGUGUUCAUUGAGGCGGGUGUCGAGGUUUCUUGCUGUUUCACCUACGUAAAUCUUGUCACAGCCUCCACAGGGUAUAGUGUAAACUCCUGCGUUGACUGGUUCAUGGUGCUUUGAUUUUGUCCUGGUUAGAUCCUUUAUUGAAGUGCUAGAAGCGAUGGCGACUCUGGUUUUAGC